GUCCUUCCACCUCCUUCUGCUCAUCCAACAAGUAUGGAAGUAAACCUGGAACCCCCGCCUCCAUGCCCAGGAAACCAGCAGAGGUAGCGCUACGCUGAUGUUCCUUUCCUGAACAGCUCACAUCCGCUUCCUGUGUUCUUCACACACAACCAUGUGUCCCAAAUAGCACCCUAGUCCCCACAGGGCUCUGGUCUAAAGUAGUGCACUAUGUAGGGAAUAGGGUGUCAUUCUCUGGUCUAAAGUAGUGCACUAUAUAGGGAAUAGGGUGCCAUUCUCUGGUCUAAAGUAGUGCACUAUAUAGGGAAUAGGGUGCCAUUCUCUGGUCUAAAGUAGUGCACUAUUAUAGGGAAUAGGGUGCCAUUCUCUGGUCUAAAGUAGUGCACUAUAUAGGGAAUAGGGUGCCAUUCUCUGGUCUAAAGUAGUGCACUAUAUAGGGAAUAGGGUGCCAUUCUCUGGUCUAAAGUAGUGCACUAUAUAGGGAAUAGGGUGCCAUUCUCUGGUCUAAAGUAGUGCACUAUAUAGGGAAUAGGGUGCCAUUCUCUGGUCUAAAGUAGUGCACUAUAUAGGGAAUAGGGUGCCAUUCUCUGGUCUAAAGUAGUGCACUAUAUAGGGAAUAGGGUGCCAUUUGGGAUGCAGACAAUGUAAUAUAUGUAUUUAAGUGUCAACCCCCCCCCCCUCCUCUCCUCCCUCCCCAGGUGUUCAGGAAAGACCUGAUCAGUGCCAUGAAGCUGCCUGACUCUCACCAUGUCUCCCCUGAAGACUAUUACCUGCUGGGGGACACCUGGAGACAGGAGUGGGAGAAGGGGGUGCAGGUGCCGGCCUUCCCCGAAACCAUCCCACAGCCCUCCAUCAGGUAACCAUACAACACCUCUACUUGUCUCUCGACCUCAGGAACUGAUGCUGAUUUGUCUGAUUACUAGACACUGCUAGCAAUUUCUCAUUGUGUCUGUGGUGGGCGUGGGUCUGUGUCUAGGAACAUAGCGGAGAAGCCUAAGGAGGUGUUGUUCACUCUCCAGAGGAGGUAUAUCCAGUGCUGGAGUCAGGACUCUACAGAGACGGGUUAUGUUAACAUCAAGGAGCUGGCUGAGGCCAUGUGUCCUUAUGAUCUGGAUGACAUGGACCUCUACUGGCUGCAGGCUCUCAACGCUGAGCUAGGACACAUGGGUAAUUGUGGGAAGAGGAACAUUAGGCUGUUUCUCUAAAGCCUCUCCUAGUUCUCUCCUCACGUCUCUCUGAUGUGUUGACAAGUAGACAGGAGGCGACCAAAGAUAGAUUUCACACUAUUGAGAUACAGCGCAUUCGGAAAGUAUUCAGACCCCUUGACUUUCUCCACAUAUUGUUACAUUUCAGCCUUAUUCUAAAAUUGAUUCAAUAGUUUUUUCCACUCAUCAAUCUAUACACAAUACCCCAUAGUGACAAAGCAAAAACAGGUUUAAAAAAACAGAAAUAUCACAUUUACAUAAGUAUUCAGACCCUUUACCCAGUACUUUGUUGAAGCGCCUUUGGCAGCGAUUGCAGCCUCGAGUCUUCUUGGGUAUGACGCUACAAGCUUGGAACACCUGUAUUUGGGGAGUUUCUUCCAUUCUUCUCUGCAGAUCCUCCCAAGCUCUGUCAGGUUGGAUGGGGAGCAUCGCUGCACAGCUAUUUUCAGGUCUCUCCUGAGAUGUUCGAUCGGGUUCAAGUCCGGGCUCUGGCUGGGCAACUAAAGGACUUUCAGAGACUUGUCCCGAAGCCACUCCUGGGUUGUCUUGGCUGUGUGCUUAGGGUCGUUGUCCUGUUGGAAGGUGAACCUUCGCCCCAGUCUGAGGUCCUGAGCGCUCUGGAGCAGGUUUUCAUCAAGGAUCUCUCUGUACAUCUUUGCCUCGAUCCUGACUAGUCUCCCAGUCCCUGCCGCUGAAAAACAUCCCCACAGCAUGAUGCUGCCACCACCAUGCUUCACCGUAGGGAUGGUGCCAGGUUUCCUCCAGAUGUGACGCUUGGCAUUCAGACCAAAGACCAGAGAAUCUUGUUUCUCAUGGUCUCAGAGUCUUUAGGUGCCUUUUGGCAAACUCCAAGCAAGCUGUCAUGUGCCUUUUACUGAGGAGUGGCUUCCGUCUGGCCACUCUACCAUAAAGGCCUGAUUGGUGGAGUGCUGCAGAGAUGGUUGUCCUUCUGGAAGGUUCUCCCAUCUCCACAGAGGAACUCUGGAGCUCUGUCAGAGUGACCAUCGGGUUCUUGGUCACCUCCCCGACCAAGGCCCUUCUCCCCCGAUUGCUCAGUUUGGCCGGGCGGCCAGCUCUAGGAAGAGUCUUGAUGGUUCCAAACUUCUUCCAUUUAAGAAUGAUGGAGGUCAAUGUGUUCUUGGGGACCUUCAAUGCUGCAGACAUUUUUUAGUACCCUUCCCCAGAUCUGUGCCUCGACACAGUCCUGUCUCAGAGCUCUACAGACAAUUCCUUCGACCUCAUGGCUUGGUUUUUGCUCUGACAUGCACUGUCAACUGUGGGACCUUAUAUAGACAGGUGUGUGCCUUUCCAAAUCAUGUCCAAUCAAUUGAAUUUACCACAGGAGGACUCCAAUCAAGUUGUAGAAACGUCUCAAGGAUGAUCAAUGGAAACAGGAUGCACCGGAGCUCAAUUUCGAGUCUCAUAGCAAAGGGUCUGAAUACUUAUGUAAAUAAGGUGUUUCUGGUUUUAACACAUUUGUAUAUAUUUCAAAAAACCUUUCGCUUUGUCAUUAUAGGGUAUUGUGUGUAGAUUGAUGAGGAAAAACAUGUAUUUAAUCCAUUUUAGAAUAAGGCUGAAACGUAACAAAAUGUGGAAGAAGUCAACUUUCCGAAUGCACUUUAUAGCCUUGGGGAAAAGAGGGCGGUUUUCUACUCUGGGACGUGGAGCAGUAGCAACAGUGGUUUAUUCCUUGUCAUUCCCCAAGGGAGGGACCUGUAGAUACGCCAUGUUCUGAUUGGUGUAUCAUUCUCUCUCUCCCAGGGGAAGGGCCUGUAGACGAGUUGACGCUGGAGCGCACCAUGGAGGCGUUGGAGCGCCAGUGUCAUGACAACAUGAACCACGCCAUCGACACGGUGGAAGGGCUGGGCAUCGAGUACGACGAGGACGUCCUCUGUGACGUGUGCCGGUCCCCCGACAGCGAGGAGGGCAACGACAUGGUCUUUUGUGACAAAUGCAACAUCUGUGUUCACCAGGUAAAAACCUAGAAGCACUGAUUUUGCGCAUUGUGGGUAUUUUGAAGAAGGGUUUUACUUACAAUUAGUGUGAUGUGGUUGUUUUAUCUACGUUAGUUAAAUGCGCUGGUUAUAAGUCGCUUUUGAUAAGAGUGCUAAAUAACUAAAAACCUACAUUUACAUUUACGUCAUUUAGCAGACGCUCUUAUCCAGAGCGACUUACAAAUUGGUGCAUUCACCUUAUGAUAAAUACAUCUAAUCUAACCCACUGCUGUCUCUCUCCCUGCCUGUUAACCCACUGCUGUCUCUCUCCCUGCCUGUUAACCCACUGCUGUCUCUCUCCCUGCCUGUUAACCCACUGCUGUCUCUCCCUGCCUGUUAACCCACUGCUGUCUCUCUCCCUGCCUGUUAACCCACUGCUGUCUCUCUCCCUGCCUGUUAACCCACUGCUGUCUCUCUCCCUGCCUGUUAACCUACUGCUGUCUCUCCCUGCCUGUUAACCCACUGCUGUCUCUCUCCCAUGCCUGUUAACCCACUGCUGUCUCCUCUCCCUUGCCUGUUAAACCCAUGCUGUCUCUCUCCUGCCUUGUUUAACCCACGUGGCUGUCUCUUCCCUGCCUGUUAACCCACUGCUGUCUCUCUCUCCCUUGCCUGUUAACCCACUGCUGUCUCUCUCCCUGCCUGUUAAACCCACGGCUGUCUCUCCCUGCCUGUUCACAACCCACUGCUGUCUCUCCCUGCCUGUUAACCCACUGCUUGUCUCUCUCCCUGCCUGUUAACCCACUGCUGUCCUCUCUCCCUGCCUGUUAACCCCACUGCUGCUCUCCCUGCCUGUUAACCCCAACUGCUGUCUCUGCUCCCUGCCUGUUAUACCCCACUGCUGUCUCUCUCCCUGCCUGUUUAACCCACUGCUGUCUCUCCCUGCCUGUUAACCCACCUGCUGUCUCUCCCUGCCUGUUAAACCCCACUGCUGUCUCUCUCCCUGGCCUGGUUGAACCCCACUGCUGUCUCUCUCCCCUGCCUGUUAACCCACUGCUGUCUCUCCCUGCCUGUUAACCCACUGCUGUCUCUUCCCUGCCUGUUAACCCACUGCUGUCUCUUCCUGCCUGUUAACCCACUGCUGUCUCUCCUGCCUGUUAACCCACUGCUGUCUCUCCCUGCCUGUUAACCCACUGCUGUCUCUCCCUGCCUGUUAACCCACUGCUGUCUCUCCCUGCCUGUUAACCCACUGCUGUCUCUCCCUGCCUGUUAACCCACUGCUGUCUCUCCCUGCCUGUUAACCCACUGCUGUCUCUCCCUGCCUGUUAACCCACUGCUGUCUCUCCCUGCCUGUUAACCCACUGCUGUCUCUCUCCCUGCCUGUUAACCCACUGCUGUCUCUCCCUGCCUGUUAACCCACUGCUGUCUCUCCCUGCCUGUUAACCCACUGCUGUCUCUCUCCCUGCCUGUUAACCCACUGCUGUCUCUCUCCCUGCCUGUUAACCCACUGCUGUCUCUCCCUGCCUGUUAACCCACUGCUGUCUCUCCCUGCCUGUUAACCCACUGCUGUCUCUCUCCCUGCCUGUUAACCCACUGCUGUCUCUCUCCGUGCCUGUUAACCCACUGUCAAUUCAAUUCAAUUUAAGGGCUUUAUUGGCAUUGGAAACGUAUGUCUACAUUGCCAAAGCAAGUGAAAUAGAUAAUAAACAAAAGUGAGAUGAAACAAUAAAAUGAACAGUAAAUAUUACUCACAAAAGUUCCAUAAUAAUAGAUUGUUUCAAAUCUCUACAGUGUUGUAAUGAUGUGCAAAUAGUAUUUACAAAGGUGUUUGUUCUUCACUGGUUGCCCUUUUCUUGUGGCAACAGGUCACAAAUCUUGCUGCUGUGAUGGCACACUGUGGUAUUUCACCAAAUAGAUGUUGGAUUUUAUCAAAAUUGGGUUUGUUUUCUAAUUCUUUGUGGGUCUGUGUAACCUGAGGGAAAUAUGUGUCUCUAAUAUGGUCAUACAUUUGGCAGGAGGUUAGGAAGUGCAGCUCAGUUUCCACCUCAUUUUGUGGGCAGUGUGCACAUAGCCUGUCUUCUCUUGAGAGCCAGGUCUGCCUACGGCGGCCUUUCUCAAUAGCAAGGUUAUGCUCACUGAGUCUGUACAUAGUCAAAGCUUUCCUUAAUUUUGGGUCAGUCAUAGUGGUCAGGUAUUCUGCCACUGUGUACUCUCUGUUUAGGGCCAAAUAGCAUUCUAGUUUGCUCAGUUUUUUUUUGUUAAUUACUUGACACAUUGGAAAUAAUUAAAUUUUUGUUUUCUCAUGAUUUGGUUGGGUCUAAUUGUGUUGCUGUCCUGGGGCUCUGUGGGUCUUUGUGUUUGUGAACAGAAUCCCAGAACCAGCUGGCUUAGGGGACUCUUCUCCAGGUACAUUUCUCUGUAGGUGAUGGCUUUGUUAUGGAAGGUUUGGGAAUCGCUUCCUUUUAACUGAUUCAAGUAUUUUUUGCCAGAUCCUCGGUGUGUCGAAUUUUAUGUGCCUUUUGAUGGCAUAGAAGGCCCUUCUUGCCUUGUCUCUCAGAUCGUUCACAGCUUUGUGGAAGUUACCUGUGGCGCUGAUGUUUAGGCCGAGGUAUGUAUAGUUUUUUGUGUGCUCUAGGGCAACGGUGUCUAGAUGGAAUUUGUAUUCGUGGUCCUGGCAACAACCUUUACUGAGAUUUACUCUCAGGGCCCAGGUCUGACAGAAUCUGUGCAGAAGAUCUAGGUGCUGCUGUUGGCCCUCCUUGGUUGGUGACAGAAGCACCAGAUCAUCAGCAAACAGAAGACAUUUGACUUCAGAUUCUAGUAGGGUGAGGCCGGGUGCUGCAGACUGUUCUAGUGCCCUCGUCAAUUCGUUGAUAUAUAUGUUGAAGAGGGUGGGGCUUAAGCUGCAUCCCUGUCUCACCCCACGGCCCUGUGGAAAGAAAUGUGUUUUUUGCCAAUAUUAACCGCACACUUGUUGUUUGUGUACAUAGAUUUUAUGUUUUUCCCCCAACAUCACUUUCCAUAAAUUUGUAUAGCAGACCCUCAUGCCAAAUUGAGUCUCAAGCUUUUUUGAAAUUAACAAAACAUGAGAAGGCUUUGCUUUGUUUGUUUGUCAAUGAGGGUGUGCAGGGUGAAUACGUGGUCUGUCGUACGGUAAUUUGGUAAAAAGCCAAUUUGACAUUUGCUCAGUACAUUGUUUUCACUGAGGAAAUGAACUAGUCUGCUGUUAAUGAUAAUGCAGAGGAUUUUCCCAAGGUUGCUGUUGACGCAUAUCCCACGGUAGUUAUUGGGGUCAAAUUUGUCUCCACUUUUGUGGAUUGGAGUGAUCAGUCCUUGGUUCCAAAUAUUGGGGAAGAUGCCUGAGCUAAGGAUGAUGUUAAAGAGUUUAAGUAUAGCCAAUUGGAAUUUGUGGUCUGUAUAUUUUAUCAUUUCAUUGAGGAUACCAUCAACACCACAGGCCUUUUUGGGUUGGAGGUUUUGUAUUUUGUCCUGUAGUUCAUUCAAUGUAAUUGGAGAAUCCAGUGGGUUCUGGUAGUCUUGAAUAGAUGAUUCUAAGAUUUGUAUUUGAUCAUGUAUAUGUUUUUGCUGUUUGUUCUUUGUUAUAGGGCCAAAAAGAUUGGAGAAGUGGUUUACCCAUACAUCUCCGUUUUGGAUAGAUAGCUCUUCAUGUUGUUGUUUGUUUAGUGUUUUCCAAUUUUCCCAGAAGUGCUUGGAGUCUAUGGAUUCUUCAAUUACAUUGAGCUGAUUUCUGACAGGCUGUUCCUUCUUUCUCCGUAGUGUAUUUCUGUAUUGUUUUAGUGAUUCACCAUAGUGAAGGCGUAGGCUCAGGUUUUCUGGGUCUCUGUUUUUGUUUGGCUAGGUUUCUCAAUUACUGUCUCUCUCUCCUCCUCCUCUCCCUGCAUGCCUGUUAACCCACCGUCUACCUCUCUUCUCCUGCCCAGGCGUGCUAUGGGAUAGUGAAGGUGCCAGAGGGUAACUGGCUGUGCAGGACAUGUGCUCUGGGCAUCGACCCCCAGUGUCAGCUGUGCCCCAUCAAGGGAGGGGCGAUGAAGGCUACGAGGGCGGGCACCAAGUGGGCACACGUCAGCUGUGCCCUGUGGAUCCCUGAGGUAAAAAUCAACCCCUUGUCCUUUUUACGCAUUCACCCGUCUGUCAGAAUGUGGUGGUAACAGUAAAGCUGUCUAACAGUAGGGUCCUGUGUAUCUAACGGGAGGGUCCUGUAUAUCUAACAGUAGGGUCCUGUGUAUCUAACGGGAGGGUCCUGUAUAUCUAACAGUAGGGUCCUGUGUAUCUAACGGGAGGGUCCUGUAUAUCUAACAGUAGGGUCCUGUAUAUCUAACAGGAGGGUCCUGUAUAUCUAACAGGAGGGUCCUGUGUAUCUAACAGGAGGGUCCUGUAUAUCUAACAGUAGGGUCCUGUAUAUCUAACAGUAGGGUCCUGUAUAUCUAACAGGAGGGUCCUGUAUAUCUAACAGGAGGGUCCUGUGUAUCUAACAGGAGGGUCCUGUAUAUCUAACAGUAGGGUCCUGUAUAUCUAACAGUAGGGUCCUGUGUAUCUAACAGGAGGGUCCUGUAUAUCUAACAGGAGGGUCCUGUGUAUCUAACAGGAGGGUCCUGUAUAUCUAACAGGAGGGUCCUGUGUAUCUAACAGUAGGGUCCUGUAUAUCUAACAGGAGGGUCCUGUAUAUCUAACAGGAGGGUCCUGUGUAUCUAACAGGAGGGUCCUGUAUAUCUAACAGUAGGGUCCUGUAUAUCUAACAGUAGGGUCCUGUGUAUCUAACAGGAGGGUCCUGUAUAUCUAACAGUAUGGUCCUGUGUAUCUAACAGGAGGGUCCUGUGUAUCUAACAGGAGGGUCCUGUGUAUCUAACAGGAGGGUCCUGUAUAUCUAACAGUAUGGUCCUGUGUAUCUAACAGGAGGGUCCUGUGUAUCUAACAGGAGGGUCCUGUGUAUCUAACAGGAGGGUCCUGUGUAUCUAACAGGAGGGUCCUGUAUAUCUAACAGGAGGGUCCUGUAUAUCUAACAGGAGGGUCCUGUGUAUCUAACAGUAGGGUCCUGUGUAUCUGCAGGUGAGCAUAGCGUGUCCAGAGAGGAUGGAGCCCAUCACCAAGGUGUCUCACAUCCCCCCGUCCCGCUGGGCUCUCAUCUGCAGCCUCUGUAAACUGAAGACUGGAGCCUGCAUACAGGUGAGCAUGGUAGCUGUAAACUGAAGACUGGAGCCUGCAUACAGGUGAGCAUGGUAGCUGUAAACUGAAGACUGGAGCCUGCAUACAGGUGAGCAUGGUAGCUGUAAACUGAAGACUGGAGCCUGCAUACAGGUGAGCAUGGUAGCUGUAAACUGAAGACUGGAGCCUGCAUACAGGUGAGCAUGGUAGCUGUAAACUGAAGACUGGAGCCUGCAUACAGGUGAGCAUGGUACUUGGACUGUGUGACUGAACCAAGUCUCUUGGUUUGUUGUUCACGUUCGUAGUCUCUUGGUUUGUUGUAGUUAUGUAACUCGUAGUGUGGUUUAUCUUUUGUAUUAGCUAGUGAAGUGUGUUAAGUCAGGGGAUCUCAAACUUUUAGGGAUCCUUUUUGUGAUAGUAAAUUAAUCAGGGACCCCACUGCAGUGAGAUAGAAAUAGCAUGUAAGGAGUUUGACUGUGACUGGCAGUGCAUGGCCAUACCAACCUAGUCUCGGGCCCUUGGAAGGAACAUUUUAAAGGCCCGUCUCCUAGCAUCGGAGAGAACAUUUAGCAGUUUUCAAGCACAUUUCCUGCAAUUCUACACAUUUUGCCAAGAGGCAGAGAGAACGUUGCAGUUUUCAAGCUUCAAUUACAGUGCAUUUAUGUUGACACAUUUUUGGGGGGUAUUACAAGAAGUAUUGAGUUUAAACAUGUAUAAUUGGUGGGGUACUGUGGAUACCAAUAUCCCUGGGAGCCUCUCAGGCCAAUGUUGCCCAGAGUUAAGAACAGAAAUUGUAGAUUAAUAAUGAAAUUUUAUUACAACCUCUAAAUGGAUACCUUGGCCAAAAUGAGUUUAAUUUGUUAGUAAUAUUCAUUAAAAAAUGAAAUGUAAAAUGUUUUAUAUAUAUAUAUAUUUUGAAAUCUGCAGGACCUCCGUGGACCCCACUUUGACAACCCCUGAGUUAAUGAACCCAUACCUUGUUCUCCCUCCAUCCCUCUCAGUGCUCCGUACCCCUGAGUUAAUGAACCCAUACCUUGUUCUCCCUCCAUCCCUCUCAGUGCUCCGUACCCCUGAGUUAAUGAACCCAUACCUUGUUCUCCCUCCAUCCCACUCAGUGCUCCGUGAAGAACUGCACCAUCCCGUUCCAUGUGACGUGUGCCUUCGAGCACAGCCUGGAGAUGAAGACCAUCCUGGAUGAAGGAGACGAGGUGAAGUUCAAGUCCUACUGCCUGAAGCACAGCAAGCCCAAGAACCAGGCCUCCUCGGACCCACCGGCCCCCGGUCUCAGCCCCUCUCAGCCAGCCCACAGCCCGGCCCGGCCCAAACCCCCCAUAGACCCAGAGAGGGGGGGCCUGAGGGCCCAGAGGUUAUUAGAACUGGAGGAGGGGUUUUAUACUCUGAUCCACCCCGAGGAGCUGGCCCUGAACCUGGGCCUACCUCGCACCCUGCUGGACUUCAUCUACCAGUACUGGAAACUGAAGAGGAAGAGCAACUUCAACCGUGCUCUGCUGCCCCCUAGUGAGGAGGAGAACCUGCUGCUGUUGCCUCAUGAAGACAGCAUCCACACACGCAUGAGGAUGUUCAUGCACCUCCGACAGGACUUAGAGAGGGUUAGUAUUACUUAUAUUAUAUUGAUUAGAUGUUUAAUAUAGAUAUACCCUGAGUAUACAAAACAUUAGGAACACCUGUUCUUUCCAUGACAUAGACCGACCAUGUGAGUCCAGGUGAAAGCUGUGAUUCGUUAUUGAUGUCACUUGUUAAAUCCACUUCAAUCAGUGUUAAUGAAGGUGAGGAGAAAGGUUAAAGAAGGAUUUUUUUUUUAAGCCUUGAGACAUGGAUUGUGUACGUGUGCUAUUCAGAGGGUGAAUUGGCAAGACAAAAUAUUUAAGUGCCUUUGAACGGGGUAUGGUAGUAGGUGCCAAGCACAACGAUUUGUUUCAAGAACUGCAACGCUGCUGGGUUCUUCACACUCAACAGUUUCCUGUGUGUAUCAAGAAUGGUCCACCACCCAAAGGACAUCCAGCCAACUUGACAGAACUGUGGGAAGCGUUGGAGUCAACAUGGGCCAGCGUCCCUGUGGAACGCUUUCAACAACUUGUAGAGUCCAUGCCCCGACGAAUUGUGCUAUUCUGAGGGCAAAAUGGGUUGCAACUCAAUAUUAGAAAGGUGUUCCUAAUGUUUUGUACACUCAUUGUACAUCGACUGUUGCUUCAACUUUCUCUCUACAAACACUGUUAAAGCUGUACUGUGUUUUUAGAAGACAGCAUCCACACACUCAUACGGAUGGUCACGUUUUAAAUUAUACUUCACUGAACAAAGAUAUGAACGCAAUAUGUAAAGUGUUGGUCCCAUGUUUCGUGAGCUGAAAUAAAAGAUCCCAUAAAUGUUCCAUACGCACAAAAAGCUGAUUUCUCUCAAAUUUUGUGGAAGAAUUUGUUUACAUCCCUGUUAGUGAGCAUUUCUCCUUUGCCAAGAUAAUCCAUCCACCUGACAGGUGUGGCAUAUCAAGAAGCUGAUUAAACAGCAUGAUCAUUACACAGGUGCACCUUGUACUGGGGACAAUAAAAGGCCACUCUAAAAUGUGCAGUUUUGUUACACAACACAAUGCCACAGAUGUCUCAAGUUUUGAGGGAGUGUGCAAAUAACAUGCUGACUGCAGGAAUGUCCACCAGAGCGGUUGCCAGAGAAUUGAAUGUUCAUUUCUCUACCAUAAGCCGCCUCCAACGUUGUUUUAGAGAAUUUGGCAGUACGUCCAACCGGCCUCACAACCCCAGGACCUCCACAUCCAGCUUUUUCACCUGCGGGAUCGUCUGAGACCAGCCACCCGAACAGCUGAUGAAACUGAGGAGUAUUUCAGUCUGUAAUAAUGCCCUUUUGUGGGGGAAAAACUCAUUCUGAUUGGCUGGACCUGGCUCCCCAGUGAGUGGGCCUGGCUGGCAAGUGGGUGGGCCUAUGCCCUCCCAAGCCCACCCAUGGCUGCACCCCUGCCCAGUCAUGUGAAAUCCAUAGAUUAGGGCCUAAUUAAUUUAUUUCAAUUUACUGAUUUCCAUAUGCAGUGCAUUCUGAAGUAUUCAGACACCUUUCCUUUUUCCACAUUUUGUUACGUUACAGCCUUAUUCUAAAAUUGUUUUUUUGUUUUUUUAAAUGUCCUCAUCAAUCUACACUCAAUACCCCAUAAUGACUAAGCGAAAAAAGGUUUUUAGAAAUGUGUGCAAAUUUAUUUAAAAAAUUAAAAAGGAAAUAUGAUAUUUACUUAAGUAUUCAGACCCUUUGCUAUGAGACUCGAAAUUGAGCUCCGGGGCAUCCUGUUUCCAUUGAUCAUCCUCGAUGUUUCUACAACUAAAUUCUAUUGAUUGGAUUUGGUAAGGCAUACGCCUGUCUAUAUAAGGUCCCACAGUUGACAGUGCAUGUCAGAGCAAAAACCAAGCCAUGAGGUUGAAGGAAUUGUCUGUAGAGCUCCGAGACAGGAUUGUGUCGAGGACAGAUCUGGGGAAGGGUACCGAAAAACGUCAUCAGCAUUGAAGGUCCCCAAGAACACAGUGGCCUCCAUUAUUCUUAAAUGGAAGAAGUUUGGAACCACCAAGACUCUUCCUAGAGCUGGCCGCCCGGCCAAAUGGAGAAGGACCUUGGUCAGGGAGGUGAUCAAGAACCCAAUGGUCUAUCUGACAGAGUUCCAGAGUUCCUCUGUGGAGAUGGGAGAACCUUCCAGAAGGACAACCAUCUCAGCAGCACUCCACCAAUCAGGCCUUUAUGGUAGAGUGGCCAGACAGAAGCCACUCCUCAGUAAAAGGCACAUGACAGCCCGCUUGGAGUUUGCCAAAAGGCACCUAAAGGACUCUGACCAUGAGAAACAAGAUUCCCUGGUCUGAUGAAACCAAGAUUGAACUCUUUGGCCUGAAUGCCAAGUGUCACGUCAGGAGGAAACCUGGCACCAUCUCUACGGUGAAGCAUGGUGGUGGCAGCAUCAUGCUGUGGGAAUGUUAUUCAGCGGCAGGGACUGGGAGACUAGUCAGGCUCGAGGGAAAGAUGAACAGAGGAAAGUAUAGCGAGAUCCUUGAUGAAAACCUGCUCCAGAGCGCUCAGGACCUCAGACUGGGGCAAAGGUUCACCUUCCAACAGGACAACGACCCUAAGCACACAGCCAAGACAACGCAGGAGUGGCUUCGGGACAAGUCUCUGAAUGUCCUUGAGUGGCCCAGCCAGAGCCCGGACUUGAACCCGAUCGAACAUCUCUGGAGAGACCUGAAAAUAGCUGUGCAGCGACGCUCCCCAUCCAACCUGACAGCUUGGGAGGAUCUGCAGAGAAGAAUGGGAGAAACUCCCCAAAUACAGGUGUGCCAGGCUUGUAGCGUCAUACCCAAGAAGACUCAGGGCUGUAAUCGCUGCCAAAGGUGCUUCAACAAAGUACUGAGUAAAGGGUCUGAAUACUUAUGUAAAUGAAAUAUUUCAGUUUUUUAUAUUUAAGACAUUUGCAAAUAUUUCUAAAACAUGUUUUGCUUUGUCAUUAUAGGAUAUUGUGUGUAGAUUGAUGAGGAAAAACAUUUAUUUAAUCAAUUUCAGAAUAAGGCUGUAAUGUAACAAAAUAUGGAAGGGGUCUGAAUACUUUCCGAAUGCACUGUAACUCAGUAAAAUUGUUGCUUGUUGCAUUUCUAUUUUUGUUCAGUAUAGUUCUCUGAGCCCUGUGAUAUUAUGAUCUGAGGUGGGUGCUUAUAUGGGGUGGCAGGUAGCCAGGGUUUGCCAGUUCGAAUCCCGGGUCUUACAGGAAGAAUUUGACCGCCGUGUUUUCCCCUGCAGGUGAGGAAUUAGGUUAGGGGACUCCACACCCGACAUUCGUAGGUGUUGAGCUGGCACAGGUCACCGUACAGAUCAUAUCCAACCCUUCACAGGUCACCGUACAGAUCAUAUCCAACCCUUCACAGGUCACCGUACAGAUCAUAACCAUCCCUUCACAGGUCACCGUACAGAUCAUAUCCAACCCUUCACAGGUCACCGUACAGAUCAUAUCCAUCCCUUCACAGGUCACCGUACAUAUCAUAUCCAACCCUUCACAGGUCACCGUACAGAUCAUAUCCAUCCCUUCACAGGUCACCGUACAGAUCAUAACCAUCCCUUCACAGGUCACCGUACAGAUCAUAUCCAUCCCUUCACAGGUCACCGUACAGAUCAUAUCCAACCCUUCACAGGUCACCGUACAGAUCAUAUCCAACCCUUCACAGGUCACCGUACAGAUCAUAUCCAACCCUUCACAGGUCACCGUACAGAUCAUAUCCAACCCUUCACAGGUCACCGUACAGAUCAUAUCCAACCCUUCACAGGUCACCGUACAGAUCAUAUCCAACCCUUCACAGGUCACCGUACAGAUCAUAACCAUCCCUUCACAGGUCACCGUACAGAUCAUAUCCAACCCUUCACAGGUCACCGUACAGAUCAUAUCCAUCCCUUCACAGGUCACCGUACAGAUCAUAUCCAUCCCUUCACAGGUCACCGUACAGAUCAUAUCCACCCUUCACAGGUCACCGUACAGAUCAUAUCCAUCCUUCACAGGUCACCGUACAGAUCAUAUCCAACCCUUCACAGGUCACCGUACAGAUCAUAUCCAACCCUUCACAGGUCACCGUACAGAUCAUAUCCAACCCUUCACAGGUCACCGUACAGAUCAUAUCCAACCCUUCACAGGUCACCGUACAGAUCAUAUCCAACCCUUCACAGGUCACCGUACAGAUCAUAUCCAACCCUUCACAGGUCACCGUACAGAUCAUAUCCAACCCUUCACAGGUCACCGUACAUAUCAUAUCCAACCCUUCACAGGUCACCUCUGUAGCUCAAUUGGUAGAGCACGGCGCUUGUAACGCCAGGGUAGUGGGUUUGAUCCCCGGGACCACCCCCAUACGUAAAAAUGUAUGCGCACAUGACUGUAAGUCGCUUUGGAUAAAAGCGUCUGCUAAAUGGCUUAUUAUAUUAUUAUAUCAUAACCAUCCCUUCAUAGGUCACCGUACAGUCUAUACACUGGUGAUGGCUACUAGACCUAUACAGUCUAUACACUGGUGAUGGCUACUAGACCUAUACAGUGCCUUGCAAAAGUAUUCAGCCCCCUUGGCAUUUUUCCUAUUUUGUUGCAUUACAACCUGUACUUUAAAUUGAUUUUUAUUUGGAUUCCAUGUUAUGGACAUACACAAAAUAGUCCAAAUUGGUGAAGUGAAAUGAAAAAAAAUUACCUGUUUCAAAAUAUUUGACAAUAAAUAACGGAAAAGUGGUGCAUGCAUAUGUAUUCACCCCCUUUGCUAUGAAGCCCCUAAAUAAGAUCUGGUGCAACCAAUUACCUCCAGAAGUCACAUAAUUAGUUAGAUUGCACACUGGUGGACUUUAUUUAAGUGUCACAUGAUCUUUCACAUGAUCUCAGUGUAUAUAUACACCUGUUCUGAAAGGCCCCAGAGUCUGCAACACCAAUAAGCAAGGGGCACCACCAAGCAAGCGGCACCAUGAAGACCAAGGAGCUCUCCAAACAGGUCAGGGGCAAAGUUGUGGAGAAGUACAGAUCAGGGUUGGGUUAUAAAAAAAUAUCAGAAACUUUGAACAUCCCACGGAGCACCAUUAAAUCCAUUAUUUAAAAAAUGGAAAGAAUAUGGCACCACAACAAACCUGCAAAGAGAGGGCCGCUCUCCAAAACUCACAGACCAGGCAAGGAGGGCAUUAAUCAGAGAGGCAACAAAGAGACCAAAGAUAACCCUGAAGGAGCUGCAAAGCUCCACAGCGGAGAUUGGAGUAUCUGUCCAUAGGACCACUUUAAGCCGUACACUCCACAGAGCUGGGCUUUACGGAAGAGUGGCCAGAAAAAAGCCAUUGCUUCAAGAAAAAAAUAAGCAAACAUAUGGAAGAAGGUAAUCUGGUCAGAUGAGACUAAAACUGAGCUUUUUGGCCAUCAAGGAAAACGCUAUGUCUGGCACAAACCCAACACCUCUCAUCACCCUGAGAACACCAUCCCUACAGUGAAGCAUGGUGGUGGCAGCAUCAUGCUGUGGGGAUGUUUUUCAUCGGCAGGGACUGUGAAACUGGUCAGAAUUGAAGGAAUGAUGGAUGGCGCUAAAUACAGGGAUAUUCUUGAGGGAAACCUGUUUCAGUCUUCCAGAGAUUUGAGACUGGGACGGAGGUUCACCUUCCAGCAGGACAAUGACCCUAAGCAUACUGCUAAAGCAACACUGGAGUGGUUCAAGGGGAAACAUUUAAAUGUCUUGGAAUGGCCUAGUCAAAGCCCAGACCACAAUCCAAUUGAGAAUCUGUGGUAUGACUUAAAGAUUCCUGUACACCAGCGGAACCCAUCCAACUUGAAGGAACUGGAGCAGUUUUGCCUUGAAGAAUGGGCAAAAAUCCCAGUGGCUAGAUGUGCCAAGCUUAUAGAGACAUACCCCAAGAGACUUGCAGCUGUAAUUGCUGCAAAAGGUGUCUCUACAAAGUAUUAACUUUGGGGGGGUGAAUAGUUAUGCACGCUCAAGUUCUGUUUUUUUUGUCUUAUUUCUUGUUUAAUUCACACACAAAUAUUUUGCAUCUUCAAAGUGGUAGGCAUGUUGUGUAAAUCAAAUGAUACAAACCCCACAAACAUUUUAAUAUAGGUUGUAGGGCAACAAGGGGGGUGAAUACUUUUGCAAGCCACUGUAAUGCAGCUGAUGGCCACACCAGAUACUGACUGUUACUUUUGAUUUUGACCCCCCCUUUGUUCAGGUUCACAUUAUUCCAUUUCUGUUAGUCACAUGUCUGUGGAACUUGUUCAGUUUAUGUCUCAGUUGUUGAAUCUUGUUAUGUUCAUACAAAUAUUUACACAUGUUAAGUUUGCUGAAAAUAAACACAGUUGACAGUGAGAAGACAUUUCUUUUUUUGCUGAGUUUAUAUAUAUAUAUAUAUAUAUAUAUAUAUAUAUAUAUAUAUAAUCUUAGAUAUUCACUAAAAUUUAAGCUAAAAUAGGCAAAUAAAGAAUUGUUUCCUUCACACAAUUUUAACUAAAUCCACACAUAAGUAGUGAAAUGUAGAGGAUCCAUCCAAUAGAAUCAAUCUGUAGCUUGACCUAAUCAAUUCAUACAUCCCAGUGGAGACGCAAUGUAUCUAAAACAGCCACCAGAUGGAGACAGAGAGUUAGGGUGAGAGUUGGUGUUAGGGUGAGAGUUAGGGUGAGAGUUGGUGUUAGGGUGAGAGUUAGGGUGAGAGUUGGUGUUAGGGUGAGAGUUGGUGUUAGGGUGAGAGUUGGUGUUAGGGUGAGAGUUGGUGUUAGGGUGAGGGUUGGUGUUAGGGUGAGGGUUGGUGUUAGGUGCUGAGUUUUGGUGUUAUUUAGAGUGGUUGUUUAGGGUGGCGUUGGUGUUCGGGUUGCGCGUUGGUGUUCGGGUGCGUUGGUGUUGGGUGCGCGUUGGUGUUCUGGUGGCGUUCAGGGUGGUCGUUGUGUUUUCGGGUGCCUGUUUGUGUUCGUGGUGCGCGUUGGUGUUACGGGUGCCGUUGGUGUUCGGGUGCGCGUUGGUGUUUCGGGUGCGCGUUGGUUGUUCGGUGUGCGCGUUCGGGUGCGCGUUUGGUGUUCGGUGCGCGUUGGUGUUCGCGUGCGGGUGCGGGUUGGUGUUCGGUGUGUGCGGGUUGGGGUUUGUGUUCGGGUGCGGGUUGGUGUUCGGGUGCGCGUUGGUGUUCGGGUGCGCGUUUGUUGUUCGGGUGCGCGUUGGGUUCGGGUGCGCGUUGGUGUUCGGGUGCCGUUGGUGUUCGGGUGCGCGUUGGUGUUUCGGGUGCGCGUUGGUGUUCGGGUGCGCGUUGGUGUUCGGGUGCGCGUUGGUGUUCGGGUGCGCGUUGGUGUUUCGGGUGCGCGUUGGUGUUCGGGUGCGCGUUGGUGUUCGGGUGCGCGUUGGUGGUGUUCGGGUGCGCGUUGGUGUUCGGGUGCGCGUUCGGGUGCGCGUUGGUGUUCGGGUGCGUGUUCGGGUGCGCGUUGGUGUUCGGGUGCGUGUUCGGGUGCGCGUUGGUGUUCGGGUGCGCUUCGGGUGCGCGUUGGUUGUUCGGGUGCGCGUUCGGGUGCGCGUUCGGGUGCGCGUUGGUGUUCGGGUGCGGUUCGUGUUCGGGUGCGGGUUCGUGUUCGGGUGCGGUUCGUGUUCGGUGCGCGUUCGUGUUCGUGCGUUCGUGUUCGGGUGCGCGUUGUUGUUCGGGUGCGCGUUGGUGUUCGUGUGCGCGUUGGUGUUCGGGUGCGCGUUGGUGUUCGGGUGCGCGUUCGUGUUCGGGUGCGUGUUCUCGUGUUCGGUGGCGUUCGUGUUCGGGUGCGCGUUCGUGUUCGGGUGCGCGUUCGUGUUGGGUGCGCGUUCGUGUUCGGUGCGCGUUGGUGUUCGGGUGCGCGUCUUGUUCGGGGUGCGCGUUCUCAGUGUUCGUGUUCGGGUGCGUUGGUUUGUGCGCGUUCGUGCGUCUUGUGUUCGAGCUUGGUGCGUCCUUCGGGUCUGUUCGGUGUUCGUGCGUCUUUGUCGUGUUAGGGUGAAGUGUUCGUGAGUCUUGUUAGUGGUUCGGGUGAGUGUUAGUGGAGUAUUUGUUAGCUCACCUGAUGGCUGGGUUAGGGUGAGUGUUGGUGUUAUGUGAAAUUAUUUAAACAAAACUAUUUUAGUGUCUCUGUGCGUCUCCCAACAGGUGUAAGUCUUUUGGGAUUUCAGUAACGGCCAGAGUCCCGGUCUGCAUAGUCAGAGAUAUUUAUUCAUUGAGAAUUCUGCCAUCACAAUUUCAGAGUCCAUCUUUAUACUCAUACGUCAUACAAAAGAAAUCCCUCCCCUCUGUAGGCGGGCUGUAGUUUUCCACUCUAAAACUGCUCUACUGACCAUCAGUUCACACACACACACACACAUAUACACACAUGCAUACACACACACACACACAUGCAUACACACACACACACACACACACACACACACACAUGCAUACACACACACACACACACACACAUGCAUACACACACACACACACAUACACACACACACACACACACACACACACACACACACACACACACACACACACACACACACACACACACACACAUAUCCUACUCCCUGCUUUACUCAGUUAUUGCCGUUCUCACAAUAUUCUGCACCAUGUUUUCAUAACAGUUUCUCCCCUCCCUAAAUUGGGAGGCCUCUUUAUCUUAGUUUCUCAGUUGUCUUUGUUGUCUGGUCUAACUCUUACUCACAUUGCUAAAUAGUGGCUCAAUGCCAUAGCCUUUACUGGUCCUACACUCACACAUUUCUAACACAUUAUACACAGUUUCAGGGUGUAAUAAUUAGUCAUUAAUAAUUAAUCUAUCAGUUGGUGAGUAUCUGUUAGCUCACCUGAUGGCUGGGUUAGGGUGAGUGUUGGUGAGUAUCUGUUAGCUCACCUGGUGGCUGGGUUAGGGUUAGGGUGAGUAUUUGUUAGCUCACCUGACGGCCAUGUUGUGUCCCCUGCAGGUGAGGAACCUGUGUUACAUGGUGAGUCGGAGGGAAAAGCUGAAACUGUCUCAGAGCAAAGCCCAGGAGCAGAUCUUCAACCUCCACGUCAAACUGCUCAACCAGGAGGUCUCCGCUGGUAAGAGACUGUGUGUGUGGCCAUAUCCGAAUAUCUGUACUUGCAUUCUAAAUAAUAGGCAUUUUGGAUAUGUGAAAAUAUAAAUUAUAUGUGAAAUUACAAUGCUUUAAAUGCCAGGAUGACAUACUCAUUUAUGCAUUUGACCUACUAGAAUUCGCUGCACACUAUUGAGGAAGAGAAUCAUAUUUUCAGACUGACGUGUGUUUGACAACAGCUGAUAAUCAGAUAAAUUGACGCGCUUAACGAGUGGUGGGACUCAACGCACAUUAGAUGACUAAUUGUGAGAAUAGAGGUGCCUAGUAUAUUUGUUGUUUACUGCAUUUGUGUUUUACAAAGCAGUACAUUCUAAGUAGUAUGAUUAGUUAGCUCUUUAAGUAGGUAGUAGACAAGACAUAUUUCAGACACUGUCCCUAAAAAGCAACAACUCGUUUUGAAAAUGGCCUAUGUGGCAUCGAUAUGAGUCAAACAUUUAUUCUAGUGUUAAAAGUGUAAAUAGGAUACUUUUUAUUCCAAAACUGAGAUUUGCAAGAUGAUAGGAAAAAAAUGGUCACCGAAUGAAGGGCACCGUAACCGUUUUCCUUGGGUUGAGUUUAUUUAAAUCCUGCCCACAGCUGGCAGCUCCCAAGUAAUCAUCAUUUCAAAGCACAGCUGCAUGCGACCUGAUCAUAAUGCCCAUGGUCAAGUUGGUUUGACAUUCGAUAUCCCUAUGGGGCUAGUUAGGGACCAUCAGUAAAUUACACAAUGUACAAAAUGGGACAAUAUUAUAAAUUGUCAGUAGCUCCAAAUUUCAAUGACUUAACCUCAAACCAACUAUUAAUUGUAGAAAUUAGUUUACAAAUAUUGAAAGCAUUUAAUAAGACAACUAAAAGAUGUGCAACAUGAAAAUAUCUUCCCAUUUACAUUGUGUAAUUUAUUGACCUUCCCUAACUAGCCCCAGAGAUAGGCUAUCCAAUGUCAAACCAACUUUGCCACGGUAGCACACCAGCCGGCUGAAGCUAAUUGCCGAAAGAAGUUGGCUAGCUAGCAUAGACCUGGUUAGACUGUUUCAUGUUAUCUAGAAGGGUGAGUGACUGUGCACUGUUUUGGCAGAGUCUAUGUUCAAAUGCUUAUCAUGUGAGAACACACACUCAACGGACAUUAACCCCACCCCCCAAGACAACACUUGUUUGGCUUCAGUCAUGGCCGCCACUGCAUUUCUUAAUGACCAAGCUGCAAAACAAGGCCAAAUCAGAACUUUAGCCCCCUUUAAUAGUUUAUAUGGGAGGAGAUGUGGACUAACCCAUAAUUCUGAUUGACCUUCUUGGUGUUUGUCUCUCUCCAGGUCUGCCUGUUUUGUUCCCGGUGGAGAGCAUGUUGUUCCGGCCUCCUCCCAGAAUCACCCUGAAGCUGAAGAUGCCCAAAGUGUCCCUGGGUAACGGGAAGACCGGCUCCAAGUCAGGCAACGGCCCCCUCUGUCCGGAUAACAGCGGGAACGUUCACCAACGCAGUGGGGGAGGAGGGGGGCUGGGGAAGGGAGGAGGGGGGCUGGGGAAGGGAGGGGGGGGUGGGGAAGGGAGGGGGGGGGCUGGGGAAGCCUCCGCUCCAGGGGCGAGGCAGGAGAGAGGAGCGCUCCAAUGGCAGUCUGUCUACCUCAGGUCAGUCACGUAGGGAGGUCAGUACCGCCACUGGACCAGCACUGACCAACAGUACAGCCAGAGGCUCAGCCCUGACCAUUAAACCGACUGGCAAGCCCCUGACUGGCAAGCCCCUGACUGGCAAGCCCCUGACUGGCAAGCCCCCUGACUGGCAAGCCCCUGACUGGCAAGCCCCUGACUGGUAA